CCAUAUAUAUGGCGAGCUCUAUCGUACCCCAGGUAAAAUCCGGGGUAUGGCGUACCUUGACGAUUUUAACCGUACGUGUGAUCUCGACGAUUUUAUUAAAUGAUUUGUUUUUUCAGAAUUUAUAUUAAAUAAAAUUACAGGAAGACUCAUAGAAUUAGUUUUUCUUUCAUUUUAGUCCUCUAUGUCCGUGGGUUGGGUAGUUUGAGUUGGGUUGGGUUUUUUCAAUAUUUUGAUUGAACCCAAAUUCAACCACCCCAAAACAUAAAGGGUACCUACCCCAUCCAACCCUACCAGCACUUCGUUCCCCCCAUCCCGACCCUCUCUUCUCCGCUGCUACACGCCGCUACCUUAAUGCCCUAUCCUAUUCCCCUGUUCCUCCAUCCUCCGCCGCUAGACGCGCUACCCCUCUCCCUACCCUUUCUAAUCUCCCUUGUCGGCCCCAAAUUCAUCGCUCACCAACAACUUAGACUCUCCUUGCGGAAGGAAUUUCGAAUCCUUGCAACCAGAAGAAGAAGGAAGGGUUCUCCUCUGCUCGCUUUUUCUGGCGAUUGGCGUUAUGGCUUCUCGAACGAGUUGCAGAGACCUUCGUCGAAAGAAAAAGGGGUGACCUCCCCACCGGAGAGUCCUCCCACGACGACACAAAUGGUCUUUGAUGACCCCGACGCCAUUAGCCUCGCUUCCAAGUUCCAUCACUAACAGAUCAACGGCGGCGCCUCAAUGUUCUUUCAUUGAUGAUGUCAAACCUUCCUGGGUCAAGUUCUGCGAAUUUUGUUUAUCGCACAUAUUUGUUUUAAAACUAGAUAUGCCAUACCCUCAAAAUCAAUAACAGGACCAUGUUGUAUCAGUAUGCUAUUAUGGAAAUUUUGGGGAUUUAUGUGGAGCAGAAAACUGAAGUUUGAAUUUGAAAAAAAAGAACUGAAAUUUGAAAUACGAACAGGAAGAAGACGAUCGAAGUGAAGCUUCUAAUCGUUUCUCAACCACUCACGAGAUGGAAUGUGGGCUAACAUCAUCACACUUAUAGUUUCCAUAAACUUAGCAUACAAAACAAGAAACGUUGGCAACUUAGUGGUUAAGCUAGUAGUUUACUAUUAAGUUUGCUAGAAUAGGUGUAGGGUUCGAAUACUAGUUUCAACCAUUAUAUUUAGUUUUUUUUUAUAAUUAUUAGCGGUUUUAUGUUUCUUCUUUAAAAUCACUUGUUCAUAGUUGAUUACCCUCUCCUUGCUAGUCAAUUUUUUGGAAAAAAUUUCAUUUUUCUAUUUAGAAUGUUAUUUUACAACUAUUCAUAAAUAGUAAUUCUACACGACAUGUCAUUUUUGUCACACACCAUCGUUGUGCCCACCUCCACCUUGCAACUUUGCGUUAACCCAAAACUAGUACAAUGGACUAGUACAUCCCAAAACAAACCUUUGCUAAACCACGUGAAAGGGCAUUUGUAGCGCAGUCUAGUAACUAAGUUUGAAAUUCUGCCUUGACAAACUUAUAAACGUGAAAGCUCCAUGUUCCGAAUGGUUCAAUAUUCUGCCUUGACACUGAUGCGUGUAAAAUGGAUUGGUUGUUAUUGUAAAAGAGACGCAGUGUUGCUUUAAAAAAAUUUGUAGCGUAAACGAUUUCAUAUACUAAGACGCAUGUAACAUAGUAUAUAACAUUAUAGUUGAAAAGUGAGACUUGACAUUGAUAGAAGUUUUACAUUGAUAGAAGUUUGUCGGUUGAGGUAGAAUGUCUUGUUCCUUAUAAAUAUAUUUAUAUCAGGCACUAUCAUGACAUCGAUACCUAUGGCCAAGUCACGAUGAGGUCUUGAUAGAUCAAGGAAGAUCUUAUGAGAUUUUUGUCGGAGAGGAUCCUAUCACGUGGAAUAAUUGUUCAUUGUCAUUCUAGAUGAUUAGUGAAAUUCGCUAGACAGCUAAAGUACCAUAGGUUGUUUUGAGAUCCUAAUUAUUUGUUCACUAUCGAUUCGGAUUAUUUGUUGUCUAAAUAAUCCGAUCGAUUGAUUAAAAAGGCCUCGUAUUUUUUGGCCAUUAAAAAGGCCUCACAUGAAUUCGAACAUGCCUUUUGUACCAGGCCCAAUAAGGCCCUUAGCAAUAGCAGAUCGCCGGCACAACUCUGUUUGGGCAUUAUUUUUAUUCUCCGAACACAGAUCAAUUAUGGCAAAGUUGAAAAACUGAAAGACUAGCCUACAAAAUCAAGCAAUCGAUCCAUAUCCCUGCUUUUUUCUUCCCCCCAUGCGCAGGCUUCUCUGUUUUCCUUGAGAAAGAAAACUUAACCGCCCUCCUCCUUCCUUCGCUUCCGCCUCCCUUGCAUGCAAGCCUCCCCCUCCGCCUCCGCCUCCGCCAGUCAAUCCACCGCUGGUCGGCAGUCGCUCAAUACCGGUCUCCACAUCCGAGCCACCAUCGUCGCCUGCCACCGCCGCCGCUGAUUCACUCGAGGGGUUGUGGGAAGAAGAGCGGCAGAAAUUUCCCAGGACGAAAGGCAGGAGAAAGUUAGGGAUAGAGCAGCAAGGGUAGGGUUGUCGUCUGUUGACAGAAGAGCAGGUGAAGGAAAAUCCUGUGGAAAAAAGGAAUUCCAAUCGU